AUGACCGAGUUCUGGCUGGUCUCAGUGCCUUGUGACAAUGUCAAUACUCAGGUGCUGGAAGAUCUCAAACAGGCAGCAUCCAAAGGGAGCCUGGGAGCCAGUGUCCAAUUCCUCAUCCUUAAACUUAAGCUAGGCACCCUAGAUGUGUUACUGGAUGUGUGUGAUGACCUCUCCAGUCUGGACUCCUAUUGCUUCCUGCAGAUAUUUCAAGUAAUGCGGAAGACCUCUCAGUGUAUGGCAGAGAUCAUGGAAGAGUCCAGUGACAACCUCAUGGAGAACAUAUCAGCAAGUGGAGAGCACAGAGCCCACCACAAAGUGCCACAGCCACCCUUGAAACCUUAUUUCUAGGCUUACACACUGGUUGAUAUUUCAGUGGACCUGACUACAUAUAUGACAAUGUUCCAAUGGGACAGAGCCAAGUACCCCACUGCCCUGUCUCUCAAUCUGUUAGCUGAGGUUAUCCUAAAGCAAGUGACUCAGGUGGAGACGGAGUUGAAGUCACGUACUGCUGCAUACAAUAAUGUGAAAGCCAGUAUGCAAUGCCUUGAGAAAAAAGCAGAGGGGUGCCUGCAGACCCACGCUUUGACUCACAUUGUGAAGAAGGAGGAUUUGGUCCUCAACUCAGAGUAUCUUACUACGUUAGUGGUGGUGGUGUCAAGAGAAAGCAUUGGGGAGUGGGAGAACACUUAUGAAUCCAUGUCAGAGUUUGUGGUUCCUCACUCCAGCAGGACACUAUUAGAGGAGGAGGAUGCAAUAAUUUUCACAGUAGCGCUCAUCAAGAAAGAUGUCAGCAAAUUUAAAGCCAAUUUUAAAGCAAAUUUAAAGUUUACAGUGCGAGAAUUCAACUUAGAAGAAGCAAAAAGGCAAAAACAAGAGAUCAGUUGCCUGAGAGUCGAGAAGAAAGAACAGCAUGAAACAUUUGUGCGCUGGCUAAAAGUGAACUUUGAGGAAGUGUUCAUCCCUUGGAUCCAUGCCAAGGCUCUCAGAGUUCUCAGGUAUGGCUUGCCGGUCAGUUUCCAAGCAGUCCUGAUCAAGCCAGAGAAGAAGUAUGCCAGGCGGCUGAGAGAGCAGCUCAAUACCCUCUUCGCCCACCUGGACCCUGCGGCAGCUGCCCGCGGACUAGAGGUGGGGCCUGAUAACCUCCAGUCUAACACUGGACAACAGGAGUACUUUUCCUACAUCUGUUACCCCAUCAACAUUACCUCAGUGAUAUCCAGCUAG